AUGUACGGCAUGAAUCAAGCCUACAACAAUCCCGACCCUAGCGCGCAUGUGCCGGGCAAUAUCCUUCAACAUGUUCAUUUGGUCUCAUCCUACCGGUUCCCCGCUCUCCCUGCGCUGCAGCCCGCUCAAGCGCUCGAAUAUCUCAUCAAGGGCCCGCAAAUCACGCGCGACACUUCCCCAGUGGCCUGGACAUACUUUCCAUCCCCUCCGCCAGAUGGCACCAUCAUCCUCACAUGGCAGCCACCGCGUAUGGCUACUCAAUUUGCCUCUGAUGGAAUGGUGUGGGCAGAUGUCGAGCAGAUGUAUGAUGUGAAUGUCCGCGGCUACAACAUCCAAAUCGCAGUUCACAAUAGUGGUUACAUUUACUCUCAUGAGCAGUACACAUCCCACGCACGUUUUCGUUAUAGAAUAGCAGCAGGACCCGGCACCAUUGACCCGAACUUGUGGCUGGUGCACUACAGGCCUGCCGAGCAAAUCCACAGGAUCCCCGCCAGCCAGAUACCAAUGUCUCGAGAGGUCCAGGAAAUGCUACGCGCUCGUGCUCAACUGCAAAAUGCGGGACCCUUGAUGCGCAAAGAAUUCAUGCUGGUCGAUCAAGCCAACUGGCCCAAAGUCGAAUUCGGACAACUCGGACAACCAGCCGCGCGAGGCCAGCAGCAGCCUUACUACAACCCCAUGCAGCCUGGGCGACCCUACGCCGCGCAACCUCCGCCAGCGAAGCGCCAGCGCGUGCCUGCUCAGCCUCAAGCUCGUCAGCCUGCACCAGGUGCAAUGCUCCCAGACACGUCACUCGAAGAAGAAGAGAAUGCUACGCAAGACGCCUUUGACUUCUUAACCCCCCGCGAGAUCAGCUUAUCGAGAUACAAGCAGCAUCACGAGUGGAUGGAAGAGAUCUUCUCGUCUCCGUAUGCUGUUGGCAAAAUCGCGCCCAUUGAUCUUGGACUUGGGCUCAUGGGUGAACUUGCCCCUCUUACCGCAGGCAUUCUCGACGUCUCCGGUGCGGAAACUCCAGAAAUGGCGAAGACGGAUUACAAGAUUAAGACUUAUUAUAAGCUACAACCGGAGCAGCUGAAAGAUUUUGAGAAGCGAGUCGCCGACUACACAGCCAAGGAGCAAGCGGAAAUCGAGAAGAUGAAAUCAGAUCACGCCCGCAAGAUUGCUCAGCUCAAACGAACACGGACGUAUAUCAAGGCAGAACGACGACUACGGGAUCUCUCGCGGUCAAUGGAUAGUGAUGCCGAGGAUGCCAAUGCCAAUCCAGUGGAGGACGUUGUACGGGAUCUGGAGAAGUCAUUGGGAGUGAAAUUUGAUACCAAGACGUCGACCGUGUGCGUAGAGAAGGGUGGAUACAUCGAAGCGCAACAACCCUCUCCCCCCCAAUCUCAAGUCAAUGGUGACGGAGCGCAAGAAAAUUCCAACGGCGCAUCGAAUGAUUCCAACGACGAUGCAGCUGUGGCAGAGAACUCGACAUCAAACUUACUGGAGCAGUACGGAACUGGUUCGAAUUCUGGGACUCCGAUUGGUAACGUUUCAUUACCACGCUUGUCACAGCCGCCUAGCCAGUCACAGUCUGCAGCAGGAACACCAAAUGCACCACCCUCAGGUAACGCUAACCAGACUCCUGCCUUCGAGCGAAACGAACCCAAUCUAGACAUGAACGUAGGCGAAGACCUCUUGGAUCUGGAUGUGGAAAUGUCAGGCAUGACAGGGACAGCAGAGGGCAACAACAAUGAGUGGGCGCAAGAAGGCAAUCAGACCAGCGAGGCUACGCCUGGUAGUCAACCCAAACCGGCUACCACGAACCAUAACACGACAAGUAGUACAAGCGCGGCACCGGCAUCCAACUCUGGAGGAGAGGCAGGCAGUAUGUUCGACACAGCCGAUUUCGGCAGCUUCGAUAACAUCGAUAGCGCUGGUGAUGCAUUGGCGGACUAUGGACAGGAUGAUAAUCUAGGGUUGGAUCUGGUGGACGAUUCCGCAUUUGGGGAUGCUUUCCAUGGGACUGAGAUGCAUCAUGAUGAGGGAGGAGACCAUGUACACAGCAGCAGCAUCAUUCGCAACCACAUCUACAACAGGCCAGAUCGCCAAUCCGCUCAUGAGCCCUAUAGACCUGGAGAAAGUGUCGCAGGCUGUGUGUGGCAGACGGCCAAGCCCUUCAACAACGGUGUCCACUUCAUUUGGACCCGGCCACCCACCUUUAUCACCCCUGACCUCAAUGAAUCAGUGCGGGAAGCCGGUUCAAGCGGCGACCACGUCAGCGCCAAGACGAGGGCGAAGACUCGUUCCGCGAGCUUGUGUGCACUAUGGUCGGCAACAGCAGCAGCAGCAGCAGUAGCAGCAGCAAAGGACGCGAUUGCGAGUGCCAGUCUUGCGCUUCGAGUACGGCGUUUGUACCAUGUAGGAUUUCCGCUCGCGAGGACCAUGGGUUCUUGCCAAGCCUUUUUCUUUCUCCUUUGA